AUGUUCGUGCGAUACCAGCCAUUCAAGGCGUUGUACCUCGCCCUCGAGCUCGUAUUCACUCUCUUUGUGCGAAUUCCGUUAUGGACUCUUCUGUCGAUUCCUAGGUCGUGGCGCCCCCGUCGGUCUUGGCCUAUCAGCCGGGUCAUAUUGGUGCGACUUGUCAAGCUACUCAUGGAACUGCCACACAGAACUGGCCCCAUUAUCGCCACUCCUUCGCAUCUCGCAAUCGCUCCAGGCCCCAGCGUGAACGGUGUAUGGGUUGAAGCUGUUCCACAGCUUGUAACAUUCCCUCUUUCCGAAUGGGCAAACAUAGCAGAAGUCACCGCAGUCAAGAUCCCGGGGUAUUGGAUCCACAAGGCUGGUUCGAACCUAUCUGUGGGCGACUCUCCCAUGCCCGGUGAAAAAGUUGUCUACUCAAUGCAUGGUGGUUCCUACGCAUAUCAAUCUGCGCAUCCAUCCGACCUCAUCGCUUCCAUCUCGAGGGGCAUUCUAGAACAUACCGAAUCCAUCCAAAGAGUCUUUUCUAUUGAGUACCGUCUUUCUGGCGCUGCUCCAUUUCCCGCUGCCCUUCUCGAUGCACUCGCAGGCUAUAAUUAUCUUGUCAAUGACGUUGGUUUCAGCCCCUCGGAUAUCAUUUUCGAAGGUGAUUCCGCUGGGGCCAACCUCGCCCUCGCCCUUGCGCGGUAUCUUGUCGAAUGUCGUGAUGAUACCAGUGUCAAACUGCCGGCCCCUCCUGGAGCACUUUUGCUCCUUUCCCCCUGGGCUGACCUUUCCCAUUCCCACGACAUGGAUCCUACAAUGGACUCCUCGUCCCGUUUUGUCAACUCAGAUUACACCGAUAUACGCCCCUCUUCACGUAGCGUCGAACAUUAUGUGGCAACCUUUUUGGGUCCUCUUGGUCCCGGCGCCGCGGAAACCAACCGGUACAUUUCUCCUGCGUCGAAGAAUGUUGUCGUCCCCAAUAUGGAUAAAACAACGGACACCUUAUUCAAGGACUUCCCCAGAACUUUCAUCGUUGUCGGCGGUGCUGAGACUCUAUAUGAUCAGAUCAAGACCCUCAUUAGCCGCAUGUCUAGUGACUUGGGUGUAGGUGAUGGGGUGAAAGAUGGGGAAGGCAAAGUGUCGUACUACGAGGCUCCUGACGCCAUUCACGACUAUCUCGUAUUCACAUGGCACGAGCCUGAGCGUUCUCAGACGCUUAAAGCUAUUGGCACUUGGGUUGAUGCUGAUAAGCCGUGA